GAGCCAGGAGCGUGAUUUAUGGGAGAUUAAGAGGUGGGAGCACUAAAACUGCUUAAAACUAGAGGUAUGACCUUUUUUCUGCUCCAUGUGGCCAUUGAGUCCUGGGCCCUGAUUCGGAUUUUAACAGAUGUUCAUUAAAAAAAGACAAAAGUCAUCCAUGAGUAUUUCUUAAUAAGUUAGGAAAAAUGUACACGUUUGGGAGGAAAAAAAAAAGGUGGCUUUAUUAAUUAGUGGUGAAGAAGAUGUUGUUUUAGAUCCUGAUGCAAAAGUUUAUAUCAAAGGGUAGAGAAUGGUGUGCUCUACAGAGAAGAUAAGCUAUUUCAACAAGUUGUCAGCUAUUGUUGUCAUUUACUUUACAAAAAAUUAAUUACUUUUGUAAUCACAUCAUGAUGUGUCAGAUGUUGUUCCUGCCAUAACUGCAUAUUAUGCAAGUCUGUUGGAAUAAUACUAAAUUUUUAUCUUAGUAAAUAAUACUGUGUAAUAAAUUAUUAGCAUUUUUUGGAUUUUUUUUUUUAAUUUCAAGCUAUUUUUUUCAUAAGCUGUUUUGUGCUUAACUUUUAAUCAAGGCAGUAUUUCUUGUUUUAAAUAUCUAAUUCAGCAGAAAAAAUUCAGCUGGUUUUAUACAUGGCUCUGUUGUUGGAGAGGAUAGAAUUAUUUCAGGCUUUUCUAACACUGUUUCUGCUCUGAAUUAAGCCAGUGGGCAAAAGGCAGAAUGAUACUUUCAGCUGAUGUAUCAGAAUGCUGCUCUCUGGGUGUAAAACAGAGCGGGAAGUGUCAGCCCUGUCGUGAGUCUCCCCAGCAAGAGGCAGAGAAGAGAGGAAGCAGAUGUGCCAGUGGAAGAAAAGCAAAUACAACCCAAGGUUUGCGAAGCCUCGUGCCAAACUCCCAACCCCGGGUCCACAAACGGAACCGCUCGUCUUCAUCCUACCACAUGCAGUGCUUCAGAGAUGGUAAUAUUCAGGCUGUUCUCCGCAGAGGGUGUCUCCUGGCAUGGCACGGUGCCGUGAUGGACGGAUACAAGCUGGGAUGGAGCUACUGCAGCCCUGAGCCCAUCCAGCUUCCUGGGACAGCAGGGUCACACUUGGCUGGGGAAACAUCUGCCCGAGGCAGAAACAGAGGGAUCCUGUCUCAGCUGAAUCCUGCUGCUGAUAAUACUCCGUCCUGUGCAGUGGAGUUCCUGCUUCCCCAGGCUCAAGCUCAGCCUUUUCCCAGUGUCACCAGGCAAUGCAGCAGCACCACCCUGUGGGAAAGAACAUUUCUCCCCGUUUAUAAGACCCAAGGCAAGAAGUGGAAGGCAGUGAUUGCAGCCAGCAUCCCCGGGAAGUGCUGUGGGCAGAGCAACCCCCCACAGCCCCGAGAAGCUCACUUGGCUUAGGGGAGUUUGGAAGCCCAAGGACUGCUGCUCACCCUUGUGAUGGGCUUUUAUGUGCUCCAGCUCCGACGUCAUCUGUGAGAAACAUCACAGGAACCAGAAAGUGAAACUUCAGCUGAGGCUCCAUCUGCAGCAGCAGCCGCCGCCGAGAGGGGAAUAGAAACCUCUGCGUCACUAAACUUGCUGUUUUUUCUCCCAGCCUGGCUCUGUGCCACACGUUGUGUUGUGUUGUGGGGAAUGUGGCAGCAGCUCCCAGGAGCUUUUGCUCUGCUCGAAUCCAGAGGCAUCUACCAUAAGGAGAAUAUGUUGGGCUGCCCCAGUUAUCGUGCACGGGCCAGGGAGGAGUCAUUUCCCCCUCCUGCCUCCGCUGAAAGUCCUCGUGCAGUUUCACGCCGUGCUCCAGGCUCCUGUUUUAUUGAUAUUGUGUCAUCCACCUAAAGCUCCUUCACCCCCUGUCUCCGCACCCUGGGGGCCCUGCUGUUGUUCCAGCCCUGCCAGGAACAACCCUCUCUUGCUGUUUUCUCUGUGAAACUGCAGUUGGAUUCCGCAAGGAUAAACGAAAGUAAAACAGCCAGGAUUUUUCCAGCCUUGGCAGACGCUCAGAAGCAUGGCCCUGCAUGAGCCAUUCUGUCAUUUUGUGAUUCUGUGAUAUUUUGAACUCACAGUACACUUGGAAACUUAAUUUUCAUUAAGUAUAAUGUUUGGUGCUUACUGGGCUUACUCUGCACAGAUAGUUCUUGGGUUUAAUACACCAAAUGUCUUUAUUACAGGAUACGGUAUGAACAUCUGAAAUGGGGACACAGGGACAUUUUUAUCCAGCCUAAACCAAAAUGUGUUUUUAGUGCUUCAAGAAUUUUUAAAAUUCUUGAAAAGUUGAUUGUUUAAUUCCUAUUUUUGUUGCAGUUACACUAUUACUUAGCCUCCUAAAAACUGUUUUGACCGUCAUAUACUUGAUAUAAGCCUAACCUAGCCCUUUUUCUUUUGAGAUGCAUACCAAGGGUAUUGCUAAAUCUGACAGCAAAGAAUAGUCAUUAGUGAGAAUUGUGACAGUUAUUGUGAUGGGAGUGCCCAUCCUUUCAGUGUGGUCCAAAUCUAUUUACAAAAUCACAUGUAGAUUAGAAUGAGUAUUUUUCUAAUCUAUGGAGACAGUCAGUUUGAGGAACCGCUGUGGCGGUUUAUGUUUAUGUUUAUAAUGUUUAUUAUGCUACAAGUGCCUAUGGGUUUCUCAUCUCGUUUCUGCUCCUGGCCAUGUUCAGAAAUAGGGAAUGGCUUCAAAAGGAGCUACACAUUUUAGGGAGAAACCUCGCUGACAAAGAAUUCUCCCCUGCUAUUGUCAGCCCAGCCAAACAAUUGCCCAAAAUGCAGUUUUCAGUAUUAAAAUAAUACAAAUGGACUGCACCAUAGUAAAUGACAGCACCACUUUAAAUAUCCCAUUUUGUGCUGGUUCCAGUUUAGCGUGGUUUAGCCUGGAAUUGCUGUGUCUGACAGCAGCAGGUGUGGCAUUUUAUAACUUGGGGUUUCCUCCAGGGGGGAAGAGCACCUUGUAAUUAAUUUGACAGAAAGCCCAAGUGAAUCACUGAGCAAUAGUUUUGCUACCCGAGUUCUUUAAAACCAAAUAACCCUAAAGCACAGGACCCAGGAGCGCAGAGGGUAGCGCAGUGUCGCCUGCGUGGAGUGGUGUGUCCUGUGAAAACUCCAGUGAUUUUUCAAUUAAAAUCUG